CAGUGGAUGAAAGGGAUGCGACUGGAGCGACCGAACGCUGUAUUUCGGAGUAGCGCUGAAGUGCACCGCUGAGCCUACUUGCAACAGUCUCCCUCCUCUCAACAGUUAUGCUCGGAAAUUAUCCGGUUCUGAGCUAAUUUUGAGCUAAUCUACACUUUUUUCAACACGUUUGUGUAGUUUAUUCUUGUUUAUAUGUAUUUAUUUCCGUAAGGACAUAUGACGCUUACAUCUGUGGUUGAGGAUUUUUGAUGCACGAUCUAGAGAGAGUGAGUGAGAGAACAAGUUUCGCCAACAUGUUCCACUGGAAUACGUUAUGCAUUCGCGGGGCUUAUGGAAUAUAGCCUGGUUUGUCACAAUUUGUGUGCGUUCUCACUCAGUCCCGUGAAAAAGAAACUCGCACUGCUCAGCAUCAUGCUCUUGCUCUGGGUCUACAUGGUAUACUCCUGUGUGGGCUACUGUGCCACAAUGCCGAGUUUGGUCGUGGACAGUCACGGGAUCAAGGACCCAGAAUCCCACGGCAGAAGGACAGAAAGUGGCCGAACGGAGCUUAUAUCCAAGCUUCUCCCCAGACCGCAAAGUUGGGUAGACUUGGAAUCUGAUUACGAUGAACCUGCCGUCAGGACGGCAUCUGUAAGCGUAGGCAAUAACGAAGUAGAAAUUAACAGAGCCGAGGAGUGGGACGACGAGCCGGGAGAACCGAGGUCUCCCGAGCCCAACGCGCUGUCAAGUUUCAUCAACGGCUCUGGCAGCAAGAAGCUGCCCCAGGCGAUUAUCAUCGGAGUGAAGAAAGGAGGAACGCGGGCUCUGCUCGAGUUUCUCCGGAUACAUCCCGACAUCAGGGCCGUGGGAGCGGAGCCGCACUUCUUCGACCGAAACUACAAUAACGGACUGGAGUGGUAUAGGGACCUGAUGCCGAAAACUUUGGAGGGUCAGAUCACCAUGGAGAAAACCCCCAGCUACUUUGUGACACGAGAGGCCCCGGCGCGGAUCUACGCCAUGUCCCGAGACACCAAACUGAUCGUGGUGGUGCGGGACCCUGUCACUCGAGCCAUUUCCGACUACACCCAGACGCUGUCCAAGAAACCAGACAUUCCCACUUUUGAGAGCCUGACCUUCAAGAACAGGACCACGGGUCUAAUCGACACCUCGUGGAGUGCUGUCCAAAUUGGUAUCUACGCCAAACACUUGGACAACUGGCUCCAGUUCUUUCCCAUGGCCCAGAUUCUGUUUGUGAGUGGGGAACGUCUGAUCAUUGACCCGGCCGGAGAGCUGGGCCGUGUGCAAGACUUUCUGGGGCUCAAGAGGAUCAUCACAGACAAACACUUCUACUUCAACCAGACCAAGGGCUUCCCCUGCCUGAAGAAGGCCGAGGGCAGCAGCAAACCCCACUGCCUGGGCAAAACGAAGGGGCGGACCCACCCCAACAUCGACCCUGAGGUGGUGCAGAGGUUGCGGGACUUCUACAGGCCCUUCAACAUGAAAUUCUACCAGAUGACAGGACACAACUUUGGUUGGGAUUAAAAGCAAAAGAGGAAACAUUGUUAAAACUUUUUUACUGUA